AUGUCCCAUCACAGCCAUGCGAAUACCAUGUCCAUGAUCAUGUCCAUGAUGCGCCAAUUCACAACAGCUCACCCCCGGCUGCUCGCCCGCAUCUCCUUCCGUCAUACGGGCUGCGUCCGCCCGUCCCCAACGCCACGCGCCCAACUGUUCUUCCACCCCAGGGGCGGCACCACCACCAUGCCGCUCGUCCGUCUGUACGCCCACAAGGCGCCACAGCCGCCCUCCAAGAUGGCCGAGGCCGUCUCCAAGCGGCAAGCCGGCGCGGCUGCGAAACCCAAAGAAAGCCCUGAAAUCCCGGAGCGCCUGCUCAUCUACCACGCCGGCACGGGACGGACCACCUUUCUCGCCAUGCUCAAGGUGACGACGCUCUUUAUCGGCGUCUUCUUCUGUUGCGUCGCCGUUCCCAGCUACGUCCAAGCCGACAAGCCCAUCGAGGAGACCGCCAAAAUUGCGCUGUGCGGCAUCGCGCCUAUCCUCUUCAUCACCUACACCACCGCACCCUUUGUCACGCACCUGCACAUUCACCUGCCCGCCGCCGCCCGCACUUCGCGGGCCGCCCUCGAGCGCUUCGUCCGCACCAGCCUGCCGCCCACCACGCCCCUCACCGCCACCACCAUGAGCGUCAUCGGAAAGCCGCGGUACAGCAAGCUGCGCGCCGGCGACUUGGUCCCGGCUGCCUCGCGUCGCCGCUUUGGCCUCGGCAACUACACCCGCGACGCGGCUGCCGAAAACGCCACCCGGAAAUGGUACGAGCUGCGUGCCGUCCGCCAGUUCCACAUUCCGGACGGGGCGAAAACGUCGGGGAAGAGCAAGGGCGGCAGGAAUCUGGUCGAACCGUGGAUAUGGGAUGCCAUCAAAGAGAGGAUUGCGAAUCGUCAUGGGAUGCCGCCGCCGCGGCCUCCAGGCUCGACGGCCACGGUGAUUUAA